GUUGAAGGCACCCUCAGCACUUGCAGAUGAAAGCUGCCAUAGCCAUUUGCUCAAUUCGACGAUUCUCGCGUCCUUGUUGCUGACUCACGAGGUGCUAAUGAUGCUGGUGAUACUGAUACUGGACGUGAUGAUUAAAGAGGAACAUUUCCGUGUGGUUUCGGCUCUGUACCUGGGAUAUGUCACUCCGGUGACUCCGGCGACAGACAGCCCAUGCGAAGCGAGCAACGCCCUUGCAAACCCACCAGAGGCCCUCCAGGCACCUAUGAUCCGAUCGGCCUCCGCCAGUACCUCUGCCAGUGGCUCCAGCGAGCCACAGCUUUGGGGCAAGGUUGAUCGGCCCGGCGGGCGGCAUGUCGCGACUCCGCAGUAUCACGAUGCGUAUCACAAGUCACCUCACGAGGCUGCGCUACAGAGGUCAAAGGAGCAUGGCACCAGGGCAGUGGCGCGGGAAGCGGCUUGGGCGAAGCAUGCCAAGGAGCCCGAACCACCAGAGCUGACAACGGCGCAAGCACGCAAUGCCAGACGCGCCCGGCGUCGAGCAGCCAAGCGGGUGCAGGAUGACGAUGAGUUCGAGCAGGUGCAAGAAGCUGAGUUCGACCACGCUUUCGAAGCCCAGAGUAUCCGACAGCAGCCCUGCUCUGCAAUCAUAGAGGACGUGCAGGUUGGCGAGCUUCUGCCCAACCAGGUGGAGGAUCCACUCCCCAAUCAGGCUGUGCCCGAGAGCUGGGAGGACUUGGAGGAUGUUGACGAUGCGCAGGAGGGCCUCCCCUUGCCCGAUACGCUGUUGGCCAUGUGCUGCGGUAGUUACCACGACGAAAGCUGUGGGCUCCACAUCGACGAAGGGGCAUUCGUGCGCACACGGCCCAGCCAAGCGCAGGGCAACAUGGCUUUCGUCGAAGACCUGGAAGAUCCGACCUGCUGGGGAUACCUUCCGGCAGACCUUCUCGAGAUAGCCUUUCACGGCUAUGUGUGGGCAAAGGUUCUGCACAGCCCAAGGCUGAUCCAACUGCCGGACCAGCUGGAAGUUCGAGUGGGACGCUUUGUUCUGCUCGAUAUGGAGUCGGAGAAGGACGGAUGGAUCCGCGCUGAGGAGCCGCUCUCCAGUCUCAGCGGCCGCAUCAAGCGUGAUUGGCUGGACCUGAAUGCGGUGCAGUAG